CAAGUUACAUUUUUGUUUCCUGUGCCUUUUUGCUGUAAGAUGUUUUUGAAAACUCAGUGAUUAGUGCAACCGGAUUACUCACUCAGCCUGUUUAUAGUGACUGUAAAAUGUUUCACUCUAGUAUAUGACAGUUUACAGUGAAUGCUUCAAAAAGAUUUUGCUUUGUGUAAAUGACCUUGUGUCUAAAGCAUAUGCAACGUUGAUGGUUUGAACAAAAAGAUUCUGUCUAUAACAAUCAAAUGAAGUAAAUUGAAAUGCCCAAAUUUCCACUAGGCUUUUCGUUCUGCAUUUGUUGAUUUUUAGCAAGUACACCUCAUUCACUUCAAUUCAUUAAGACUGGUAAGAAAUUGAUACUAGCGAGACUGCUGUCAGGAAAGCCCUGUUAAUUUUGCAUUAGGUCCAGAUUUUGCCUAUUUAUGUACCUUGACGAGUCUCCAGGUCUCAUGGCAGCGGACAUCUGCUGCCUUCUCGACCUUAACUGGACGUGAUUGUACAUACUUAGGCAGGGAUCAAACAUCAGUGCCACGCAUCGGAUGCAGGGACGCCGGAGAUGGCGUGGGGUCAACCCCCUUGUUGCCUUUUAAUGGAAGGGGCAAGGGGGCCAAAGUGCCCUUUUCAUAGAAGUGCCCUUGACAUCGGCCGUUUAUAUCAAAAAUUCAUAUUAAAUUCUGACUGUACUAGGACACUUGUCAAAGCCUAUUCAUGACGACGUCUCAAACUUUUAAAGAAAUUUCUUAGGUCAAAAGUUAGCCGAUUUUCAAGAUACCUACAGAAGAUCGAAACAAAAUGACAGUUACAAAAGAAUUGUUAGUAGCUUGGAUUUAUUUUUCAUGUGCUCUUUUAUUCAAGCCUGCCCUCCCCCUGCCUUCCAGAAACGUCGCGAAGCAGUGAAGCAGUAAUGUUUCUUCAUUCGACAAUAACAACCAUAUGUAAUAUUUUAAUCUUACAUUUUAUGACAGCAAGUCAGAUCUAAAUUGAGAACAGGCCUUUCUUUUAGUACCAUUAGAUAUCAAUAGUAAUCAACCUUCUUAUACUAUCUUAUUGACUAUGUCACGAUAUACGAAGCCUGAAUGACUUUUAACAGCACUGAUGAUACCAGUCAUGUAACAAGCUUUGUCUCAAAACUGAUAGAACAUAUUAUUUCAAGGCAGAUCCUAAAAAUGAUUCUAAAAAGGAGUUUUUUGUUGUGGUUCAAAAUCGUGAACAAUACCCUAUUACAAACUAAUAUAAAUUCUACAGUCACCACGUGCAAAAGAAAACGCAUUUACCACUACAAGUCUCCUUUGAUCGAUGAGGCAAUUCACUCUUGCAAAUAGUGUUCAAGAUUUCCACGAAGCAAUAUAAUUUCUCGGGAUUUUCAGAUUAAACAAUAGGAUUAUUAGCGAUUUCCCCUUCUUCGCUGCGGGUCAUAUCAAGAAUGACAAUAUCAUCAGAGAAAGAAAACAAGCUCUUGUUUUCUCAGCAUGGUCAACAAAGCUGAAGAAUUAAAUAUCAGCUUUCAUGCAUUUUGAAUGCAUACUAAAAGGGUCUCUUCCAUAGAGAAAUUAACACAUGUACCCCCAAACGUUUAACUCGAUGGUCGCCAUGUUUUUUCGAGAGGUACAUAAAUCAUUUCUGCGGACAAAAGGGCGUGUCUCGUGGUUUCGUAUGCUGUUUUCAUGCGUUUCUAAUUCAAUAUUCAGUAGUUAAAAAAUUCCAUUUCAGGUAUUUUAGCGCUAGACUUUGAAAGUUCAGCUGCUACAGAAAUGUUAAUUCGUUAAAAGUGUUACAGUUAUGUUACAGGGUAAAACUCUGGCAAAACGACUGAACAUUGUCCAGUGGACUUUUGCACUGUGGUAGAAUGCGCGCGGGAAAACUGCGUCACAAUCACCGUACUCGCGCCCUCUGCCUUCGUAUUUCUCAUUGGAACUAAAGCUAAGCUCUUCAGAAGACUCGUCGUUAAAAAUUCGCGCCAAAUCCAAUCCAUUAUAUCAGUUGCACGUGCACGGACUGGACAAUGAUCAGUGGAAUGGCAAAACGACUGAACAUUUCUCUACAACAUCUAUGAACAAAAGAAAUUUAAUCCUGUCCACUGAACAUUUUUGACUGCCUUCAAAAUCGACUGAACAAAGCUCAACAUGUGGCAAAACGACGCAACAUUUACGCUGGACAUUUGCCCAGUGCAUGUUCAGUGAAAAUGUCCAGUCGUUUCGCCGGGGCAAGAAGAACAAUUUGUUUCUUUUGCCCAACCAAAAUCCUUUAUGUGCCGAUGAAAAAAGAUACAGCGUCCCCCUAUAACCAGCAUGACCGCCCUACUCCCUUUAGGCGACGCCCCUACUCUGAAAAUCCAGCUAUCAAUCUUCAUAAAAAACCAAUAGCUGAAUCAAAGUUACCACCAUAACCUGGGUUAAAUUUGAAGGCGGGAUAUCAAGAAGCCAGCUGCGUUGACUUGUCAUUGUCUCCACAUGACAAUUAGAUAUCGUCCUUGAUGCUUUCACACACAAAUACAAUCGUGACAACGUAAUCCAACCCCAGCGAAAUAUUACUGUAAUCGUAAAGAAUCUGGAAACAGGCUUAACAAACAGGCAAUGUAAUGUUAUUGAUUGAGGGGUAUGUGCGUUUGAAGGUAAAGAACAUUUUAGCAACAUUUUCAAGCAGGGAUGGAUUCGUUCUGGAACCUUUCGUAUAUGGAAAAUGUUUCAGUUCCAAAACACUUUUAUACAGACGACACAGAAUUGGAUAAAAUUGAUUAUCAGGCACACAGCUCUGAGCAUCGGAUCAUUUCAUCGUUUGGCAUUACGUUCCUAAUUCUCGUUUCCUUAUUGGGGAAUGGCUUGGUCUGUCUAGCUGUGUACCAAAUCAAAAAUCUUCAAUCAAAUGUCAAUUAUUUCGUUGUGUCUUUAGCGAUAUCUGACAUGCUUGUUGGCCUUAUAUCAAUGCCUAUUUGGAUGACAUUUGAACUUACAAAGUUCGAAGACCUUCCUCUCAGCAUUGCACCUGAAUCGCUGAUCAAAGGCUGGACUUUUAUCGACAUUCUGAGCGGUGUUGGGUCUAUUUCAAAUCUCGUUGCAAUCAGUUUUGAGAGGUACUGGUCGAUCAAGUCACCGCUCUCUCAUCGAAUCUGCAUGACAAAUACAUACAUUGUUGUCAAUGUGUUUGCUGUUUGGACGUUCUCUUUCUCUGUUGCUUCUUUGUAUAUCGGUCUUUGGCAGUUGAAGUGGAAGGUUCUCCUCGUAACAAUCAUUGGCUUUCUUUUGCCUUUGUCGUUGAUCCUUUUUUCUUACUUAAACGUGAUCCUAAUAUUGCGCAAAAUUCCCACCAACGUUAUAUCAAGACAAGAGAACCACACGGUGACGCGAACUCUUUGUAUUCUGGUUACUGCCUUCGUUAUUUGCUGGUUGCCAUUUUUUAUCGUUUCCAUAACUUCCAUACAUUGCAAAUCGUGCAAUGUCUACGUGUUGAAAAGGCAAUGGAUACGCUCUUUUGUAAUAUGGCUUCAUUAUCUCAACUCGUGUUGCAACCCGUUCCUGUACUGCAUUUUCAAUGCUUAUUACAAAGACGCAUUUAAGAUGGUGCUAAAGAAGAUAUUCUUUAGAAAGCACCGAACAAUUGUGGGAAGAGUGAGGACGCAAAGUAGACCUAUUAGCCACUGUACUCGAAGCACAGCAGAUCGCUGUUCCACAAUACACAUGUCGUUUCUGGAGCGAGAUCGGUACCAAGAUGAGCAAGGGAAUGGUUGUUGCGCUGUUGAUAUGCCGUUGAAAAAUUCCAUCGACUGUGAAAGUACCGCUUUUGAACCGCGGUAUGCGCCUUUCGAUCCCAAGGAAUACAAGGCUAUAAGGCUCACUCCUGGAGGGCUCUCUAGAUCCGAAUCCACAGAGAUAUAAAGAAGUCCAAUGCGGGGGAAAAAUCUUCUUUGCCAUUCGGGAACAAGGUAAGUGGCCGGUAACUGCAAGAAAUAAGAAGAAAUAAGGUUACAGUGACUUCUUAAAUUUUUCGUCGGUAAUACAUUUGAUUGUAAGUUAACUAAUGUUAAUAAACUUUGUUUUAGAGCACGGAACAUUGUUUAAAUAGAUUGUACAAUUAAUGCAAUUUUUCAAUUGCUGUAUUUGCCAGUGAUUUGCAUCCAAACUUAUGCCAAAUAUGGAUCGUCAAAUUCAGUGAUUUUGAUAAGUUAUAUCCUAGCAAAUGAAAAUAUUUCUAUUUGUAUCGCAAAACCAACGCUAGUCUGGCCAAAAAAGAUGUUGAAAUGAUAUCACCGAUUCGUAUAAUCAAUUCGUUUAUUAUCGAUUCCUUGUCAAUCCUUAUGAUUCUUGAAGAAUUUCUAUGUCUGUGAAUAUUGCUGAAUCUUUCUUUAAAAAUAGAUUGAAAAUGGCAAAUAAAAUCUUCAUUUCUGCUAUGAUAUGUUUUCUGCCAUGAUAUCUGCUAUGAUAUCGGUGUAUUCUCAUUCCGCCCUAGCAAUCUUGUCUUCUUUUUUCAAACAUGAUGCUUCAAAUUGAAGAUUUUGUAGUAGUUCAUAAACAUGAACAAUUUAAUACCUUGAUUCUAGAAAGCUCGUGCAAAUUUAAAUGAAUUGAAAUAAAGUUUGUCCGAUGCAUUAAUCGUCCGACAUCUGGUUUUAUCCGAAAGUUGUUUCGAAGGUCUAAUCUUUUGACAGAAAUGAAGAUUCGAACCAAUGUAUGAAUUUUCUUUGAAGUGCAUAUGUCUCUGGCACUUAAAGUUUCUUAAAAGUUUUUAAAGUUUUUCAUGACAUUUUUCCCCCAACCCUGGUGGCCGUCUUUCCAAGACUAAGUUAUGAAAGGUUUUGUAGCCACUACGAUUUCCUCCUAAGGUGUACUUCUUAUUUCCACACGGUGCAUGGACCAUGAAUGCUGAAUAUGCUACGACGUAUGAAUGCUGAAUAUGCUACACGUCGGUCUCUUUACAAUGUUAUUGUCUGAAAUAAAUUUGUCUAAAAUUCUUGAAAAUAUUUCCGAAAUGUUUCCAUUACAAAGUUUUUUAAUAUAAUCCUAGAAAUUCAUGAUAAUGGUUGGCGAAACCACACUGCUAGUGCUUAGUAAAAAGUUGCCUUUCCUAGGUUCGGAUCAGUAUGAAGCUAGAAUGGUCUUGAGGGAUUCAUCCGUUGAUUUUCUCAUUCGAAGGUCUUUUGUUGUUCUGUACAUUUUUGAGUCGAACUCCAGGAACAUAAUCUUGCAGGGGCAUGGAUGAAUCAAUUUACCUGACUUGUUUGGAAUUCCUCGCUUUGUUAUAGUUAUUACUGGUAAGCAAACCGAAAGGGACACAGACUGUGCUGGUGCCGGUGACAGCAGUUAUUUGUCAUAU